AUGGCCAAAAUAGCAAAGACUGGUCCAGGCGGCUCUAUCGAGAAGUCGCGGCCGAACGAGCGGAACAGCCGGCCGAGGAACAUCCGUCCCGCGGUCGGCCAACAUCCGAACGCUCGUCCAUCCCGCCUGAAUAACGGCCGAGCCAACGUACCGAUCCGGGAAGCAACCUCCCGCGGUCGGCCAAACCAAAUCACGCAGCCGAAGCCGCGGCACGACCGUACCGCGCGAACCGAAAGCAUUGCCUCGCGGCCGUGCGGCACGACUCAUGUACCGCGGCCGAUCGCGCCAUCCGACCAGGAAGGCCUCGUCCCACGUCCGGCCGAAUCCUUCGAUCAAAAUCAUCCGUCCGGCCGAACCCGACGAACGAACGCGAAAACUCUCGGCCACGAUCGAUCCGACGUGCCGAUAGCCGACCACGACUCGACAGCCGGCCGAACGUCCCGACCGACCGUCAGAACGAGGAAGAGACAACACGGCCGCGAGAGAUAUCGCGCUGGCCGAGCAACACGAGAUCCUCCGGACCUGAACGCUGCGCACGACCGCGCCAAUGGCGGGAUGCCGAGAAACGGACUGAUCAAUGAAGAAGUCAUGGGAGAUUCGAUUAAUCCAACACUACUAGUCAAUCGGAAUCCCAUUCAGCCACCACUUCCCGGAGGAAGAAGUUAUGAGAUUUCACCAGAGAUCAUUGCUUUGGUGAAACAGAACCAAUUCCAAGGAAAACCUCAAGAGAAUCCUUUGGAGCAUAUUGAUGCAUUUGAAGAAAUCUGUGGGACCAUCAGCGCGGUGGAGCACCCAAGGAGCCAUUUUUUCACAAAGCAAAGAGCAAAUCUACUGAGAGAGAAGAUCUCUAGUUUCCAACAAGGGCCGGUGGAGCCUUUUCAUGAAGCUUUGGAGCGUUUCAAGGACUACACUAGGGAGUGUCCUAAUCAUGGACUAUCUGAUGGAAGUCUAUGGAACAUUUUCUACAGAGGAAUAAGUGGGAAAUGUCGAUUUUCUCUUGAUACAGCCAGCAAUGGGAAUUUCAUGACCAAGACAGUUACUGAAGCAAAGAUUCUAAUUGAGAAUCUAGCCUCAAGCGACAGUGACAACUUCAUAGGGCAUGAAGAGCAGUCAAGGCCAUAA